UUCUUAUUAGAUAAAAAAUGAUUAAUUUACUAAAAUAAAUAUUUUAGGACGCUAUUCUCCACCUCCUUAUAGAAGACUUAGUAAUCGUGGUCCUCUAGCAAUGAGUCAACGUGGAGAUCGUUUUGGUAGUGGUAGAGAUAGAGUUAGACGUUAUUCUCGUUCACCUAUUCGCUCACCUAUUCGCUCACCUAUUCGCCGCGGAAGACGUUAUUCUUACUCUCGCUCAAGAUCCCCUAGCCCCAGCUAUUCUAGAGGAAGAAAGAGAUCUUAUUCUCGUGAUAGACGCAGUUAUUCUCGUGAUAGACGCAGCUAUUCUCGUGAUAGACGUAGCUAUUCCCGUGGAAGACGUAGCUAUUCUCGUGGAAGACGUAGUUAUUCACGUAGAAGACGUAGUAGUUAUUCACGAGGCCGAAGUUAUUCUAGAAGCUUAACUCCCAGUCGUAGUAGAUCACUUUCUAGUCGUAGUAGAUCUCCUUUAAGUCGCAGUAGAUCCCCUUUGAGUCGCAGUAGAUCCCCUUUGAGUCGUAGUAGAUCUCCUAUUAGACGUAGUAGAUCACCCUUGAGACGUAGAAGAUCAUCUUUAAGACGUAGUCGUUCACCUAUCAGACGCAGCCGUUCACCCAUCAGACGUAACAGAUCUCCAAUUCGACGAAGCAGCUCUCGAUCUUAUGGUGGACGCAGAAAUUCAAGUGUCAAGCGUAAUGACAUAUAAAACGAAAAAAAAAAUCUAUGAAAAAAAAAAGCAAGUAAAGGAUUAUUUCGAUUUUAAAGCUACAUUUAUAACCAUGCAAACACAAGAUAUUAACCAUAAUAGCAAUAAAUAUACUUUUUUUUUCUUGAUUCAUAUUUGAAGUAAAUAGGCAGGCAAUUUAUCAACAGACUAUACUUUUAACAGUAAGUCAAAAUAAAGGUGGAAUAUUUAU